UUCUGCUUUGCUUUAAUGGAAGGACCUUGACACUUCUCUCUCUCCCUUUCUCUUUGCUAUUCAUCUUCUACAGUUUCGUAAAAAUUAUUCUCUUCUUCUCCUAAAUAUCUGUGACUCUAAUUUUGAUCGUCUUCUUCUUCGUCUUCAGCUUCCAUUUUUCCAUCAACGAUUUGUUUUUCCCUUGAGGUAAUCACCUUUGCAGUUGAAGAAACCUUAAGUAUCCAAUGUCUACGGAAGAGGAGCUACAGAGCAAUGUCUCUGUGGCAAGUUCUUCACCUACUAGCAAUUGUAUCUCCAGGAACACUCUAGGUGGACUUAAAGAGCAUAACUACUUGGGUCUCUCUGAUUGUUCUUCUGUUGGAAGCUCCACUCUCUCGCUCCUUGCUGAAGAUGACAAAGCUACUAUCAGCCUCAAGGCUACGGAGCUGACACUUGGUCUUCCUGGAUCACAAUCUCCUGCGAGAGACACAGAGCUUAACCUUUUGAGCCCAGCAAAGCUCGAUGAGAAGCCAUUCUUUCCUUUGCUUCCUUCUAAAGAUGAGAUAUGCUCGUCCUCGCAAAAGAACAAUGCAUCCGGAAACAAAAGAGGCUUUUCUGAUACAAUGGAUCAGUUUGCUGAAGCUAAAAGUUCAGUCUAUACUGAGAAAAACUGGAUGUUCCCUGAAGCUGCAGCCACCCAGUCUGUAACAAAGAAGGAUGUGCCACAAAACAUACCGAAAGGACAGUCGAGCACUACAAACAAUAGCUCUAGUCCACCUGCAGCCAAGGCACAAAUUGUCGGUUGGCCUCCUGUGAGAUCCUACAGGAAGAACACAUUGGCCACUACUUGUAUGCUAUUCAUCUUUUACAGUUUCGUAAACUUAUUCUCCAAAAUAUCCGAUACUCUCGUCUUCUUGAGCUUCAAUUUUUCAUCCACAAUUUGUUUUUCCCUCUUGAGGUAACUAUUUCUUCUCUG